UCCAUGGCGAGCACAUCAUGGCGAUUGAAGGUGGAGAAAGAACCUGUGGAGUACAUGAACUUAUCUGUAUUCGAAAAGUAUCUCCAGAGGCAGUUGGAUUUUUGUCAGCUGUUGGGGUGUUUAUUAUCUUGAUGCUGCUCCUUUUUCUCUAUAUUAAUAAGAAGUUCUGUUUUGAAAAUGUUGGCGGGUUUCCAGAUCUUGGUUCAGGAUACAGUACAAGGAAGAACUCACAAGAUAAAAUUUAUAAUUCCUACAUGGACAAAGGUGAGCACGGUUCGUCCUCUGAGAGUGAAGACGAGGCACUGGGUAAAUAUCACGAGGCCUUGUCCAGAACACACACUUCCAGGCUACCAUUGGCAGAUUCGAGACAAAAGAACUAUGCUUGGGAAACAAGACAAAAGUACAGUCCUCUGUCUGCAGAAUAUGACGGCUACAGUAGUGAAGCAUCAAUAGACGAAGGAAACUGCAUUCAGAGAAUGAGAAGAACGCCCCCACUGGAUGAACUGCAGCCACCACCAUAUCAGGACGACAGUGGUUCUCCCCAUCUCUCGUGUACGCCCUCAGAAAUUGGGGACAGUAAAUGUGAGUUUUCCCACUGCAGCAACAGUCCAAGAUGCUCAUAUAACAAGUGCCCAAGUGAAGGAAGCACAGGUCAUGAACUAGAAAGCUUUCCUAAUAAAGGAUAUGAAGAAGAUGUUCCCAGUGACAGCACUGCAGUCCUGAGCCCGGAAGAUAUGUCAGCUCAAGGAUCUUCUUCACAGCUUCCUAAACCUUUUGAUCCUGAGCCAGAAGCUAAAUAUGGCACACUGGAUGUGACUUUUGACUAUGACUCUCAAGAACAGAAGCUUCUGGUAACAGUGACAGCUGUCACAGAUAUCCCAACAUAUAACAGGACAGGUGGCAACUCAUGGCAAGUACACCUUGUUCUUCUACCUAUAAAGAAACAGAGAGCAAAAACCAGCAUCCAGAGAGGACCAUGCCCUGUCUUCACAGAAACAUUCAAAUUUAAUCAUGUUGAAUCUGAGAUGAUUGGAAAUUAUGCUGUUCGGUUUAGACUGUAUGGUGUACAUCGCAUGAAAAAAGAAAAGAUUGUGGGGGAAAAGAUUUUUUAUUUAACAAAAUUGAAUCUUCAAGGGAAAAUGUCAUUACCUGUGAUAUUGGAACCUUCUUACAAUCAUUCUGGCUGUGAUUCCCAAAUGAGCGUGUCAGAAAUGUCCUGUAGUGAAAGUACAUCCUCAUGUCAGUCUCUUGAACAUGGCUCCGUUCCAGAAAUUCUCAUUGGCCUGCUUUAUAAUGCCACCACUGGAAGACUAUCAGCUGAAGUGAUAAAAGGCAGCCACUUCAAAAAUUUGGCAGCAAACAGACCACCCAAUGGACUGUUCUGUUGUCUAAAACACUUGAUAGGUGGACAGGUUUAUAUAAUCCGAGAUACGUAUGUCAAAUUAACUCUCCUGAAUUCCAUGGGUCAAGAGAUGUCCAAAUGCAAGACUUCCAUCCGCAGAGGGCAGCCUAAUCCAGUAUACAAGGAAACUUUUGUUUUUCAAGUGGCCCUAUUUCAACUUUCUGAUGUGACACUCAUACUGUCUGUGUAUAACAAACGCAGCAUGAAAAGGAAAGAGAUGAUAGGCUGGAUUUCUUUAGGUCUCAACAGCUCUGGAGAAGAGGAGCUCAAUCACUGGACUGAAAUGAAAGAGUCGAAAGGACAGCAAGUGUGUAGAUGGCAUGCGUUACUAGAGUCCUGAUGAAUAGGAUAACUGAGCAAUUACAAUCCGAGGCAGCAUUAUCUCUGAUUGCAGCAUUGCUAUUUUUACCUAGUCACCAUUAGAAGAGCUGUUCUCUGAAGCAUCAUCCUCACCAUUCUACCCGAACGCUUUAAGGUCUGUGCAAAGAGCAUCUACCACUGGCAUCAAUGAAGAAACGAUGUGUCUCUGGUAGAGCUUCUUGGGGAAAUGAGACACUUGCAUCAUCAUUGUUAACAGUCCUCCAGAGCUUUAAGAACGUGCUUUUGGUUUAAAGUUAAGUUUACUUUAGCAAAAGAGUCAGUAAUUUCAUGGGAAAAAAAAAGAAUAAAAACUGUGAAUUUUUUUUUUUCUUUAAAUCAGAAUUUUUAGUCCCAACACUUUUAGGAUUACCCUAAAUAUUAACCAGGAAACACAUAUUUUGACUGGCUCAUCCCUAGUGUUGGAAGUGUUUCUUAAUCUGAAAAAGUACAUGUCCAGCUCAAUCAUGAGGCACAUCUAAUGGUAAAGGGUUUCAAUUACAUAGAAAAUCGUUUUAUUUCAGAUAUUUGCCCUUUGUGCACUUAGUUUCAUUGUGCCUCAGUUCUUCUCAAUGGCACUCAAUCUCAAGUGCAAGCAAGUGUUCAUUUUCAUAAAGUAAUUUUUUUUAUAUUUAUUUAAAAAAAAAAAAAGCUCAUUUCUUCAUUUGCCUCUGCUUUCGCCUGAUCCAAAGAGACCCAGUCACUGGACUGGUCCCUUGCAAGUCUUUUAGACAGGUUGUACUGUAGAACCACGUAACUUUCUGUUGAAAGCACUUCCUGU